UAUUACCUUUAUUAUAGACAAAUUUAGACCGUUCAUUCCUUUAGAGAGCAAAUGAGGCAAGUAAGCAAGGAAUGAAUGACUUGACUGAUAUGGGAGGAAAGGGAUUCGUUUGGAUGUGUGGAAAGCGACGGGUAGGAGGAGGGGGAAGAACUGUGUGUGUGUUGGUGAAGGUGAAUGGGGGCGAUAGGUGUAUAUAUGAAGGAGAUGGAAGUCGUGGACGAGGAGGGGUAGGAGGAAAAAGACGAGAUUGAAUUGGGGAGGAAGACCCCCCGAUUUUUGCCUAUGAGUUGGGGGACAUUGCUGAUGCAUUGGAAUGUAGUAUGUAUUUUCGUAAAGGGGGUUAUAUAGUGAAAAAGACAGUCCUUUUGCCUUCCUUUCCUCUUCCAAUUUCCUUCUUUUUCAUCCUCUCGUUCGCUAAUUCCAUUCGAAUACAAUGAUAAUACGUAGUUCGAUACCACUUGGUGAUGGACGGACCACUAAUGCUAUGGUGAUUGACUAAAACAUUGAAAGGAAAAGAAUAGAUAUUAGAGGAGGAAGUGGUCGUCGAGGUUUGCCCUUUAUACUAAACGAACUGUUUAGAAGGAAAAAUGGGGGGGGGGGGGUAGAUAGGAAGGGUAUACUAGUGUCCGUAGCAUUGACCAAAUUUCAGCGAAGAGAAAUAUGUAGAGAUGAAAACCCAAAAUAUUAUACAUAAAACUCCCAAAAUACUUCCGCUCAAUGAGAGCAAAACUUUCCUUUCAUUCUUCAAUACUCUAGAUAUUAAUUCGCAAUCUCUCC